UGUGAUUUUAAACACAUUGAAAAUAUCUGUCUUGUAAAUUGCAACAAAUAUAUAACAUGACAGAAGAUCCUACAAAAUGUGAAGAUACUGACUUUGGUAAUGUGACUCCAGUGUGUUCUCAAGUGAAUCAAAUAUAUUUGGAUGCAAAAUGUUUAAUAGAUAGUAAGAAUACACAAGUUCGUGUUGUUCGCGGUGCUAAAAAGUUCAAAAUUGACAACGAUGUUAACAGCACUGAGAAAAAAGAUGCAAAAGAGGAAGAGACAGCAGAGGUUAAAGUUAAAUCUCUCAAACGUUCCUGUGAGUUAUGGUCCAUGGAGGAUAAAAAUACUUUUUUUAAAGCACUUAAUGAAUACGGCAAAGAUUUCGAUGCUUUACAAAGCUACUUUCUAAAUCAAGGAAAAAAACGAGGUCUCUCAGACAUCAUGAUAAAAAAUAAAGAGCAAAUACGACAUUUUUAUUACAGAACAUGGUUAAAAAUAUCAAAGCAUCUUAAAUUCUCAGAAGAUGUCAAAAAAACAUCUCAGGAAUUAUAUGGACUAAUAAAUUAUGGUGAACUUAGAAGAAAAUUACCUCGUAUUCAUGAGAAAGUUCACUUAAGAUUAAAUGAAUUGGUAUAUUGGGGAUCUACACAAGUCAGGCUUAGAGGAAAAACAAUGAGAGUUAAAACACCAAUAUGUAGAGCACUUAGAAAGUUAAACCAGUUAGAAGAUUGGCAGGAAGAAAUUAAAUUACCAUCUAGAAUAGUGAUAGAACUACGACCGCGUAACAACAUGGCUUGGUGGCAAGUGCAAGCAGCAUCCAUGAAUCCAAGAGUUCGUACACUUCUCCCCAUACAGAGACGUCUCUCAAGUUUAUUAAUAUUUUUGCAACAACGAUGGCGACUCGCAAAAUAUACCACGUGUUCCACGGUAGAAAAUCUUGUUGCUAACGAUAUAAAAGAUACUUGUUUAUUACGAGUUGCUCCACCAGAAGGCUGUAAAAUUGCCUUGCCAAUGGUUAAUCUUGGAGAAUAUCUUACUAGCAAUAGUGUCAGUUUGAAUUCAUAUGAAAAACGUCUCGGUCUGAAAAGCUCACGGGAAGAUUUGUUAGGCUCUGUCCAAUAUUUAAAAGGAGUAGGGAAAAAGGGCAUUAAACGAUAUAAAUCGGAUAAAAAGAUUUUAAACCGCACUGAUGAAAAUUGUACACUGCCAGAUAUCAGUAGUGAUAUGGAUCUCUUAGAAACUGGAAGCAAUAUAUCCGAAAAACCAGCGAUUAUAAAUAAUACAGAAAAACCGCCAUCAGAACAUCAUUCAGAACCAAAUAGGUUUCCUGGUAGAGAAACUAUCGAGAGAAUUCGAAAGGGUUGGAACGUCGAAGAAGCAAACACAAUUACCGUGGGCGAUCUUUUUCUAAUGUUUGGUCGCGAAUCAAAAAUUAUACUUGAAUAUUGGUGGGAUUGGUUACCUAAUGGACAAUAUACAACUAAUUCAGCAUCAUCGAGUAUUAUGCACGAUAACAGUAUAUGUUUGGUCUUACAAAAAUUAUUGUCACUGGCGAAACAUAAUUAUGGUACUAACAAAGUAUACGAUAAUACAUCAGGAAGUAAUGAAACAGUAAUUUCGUCUCGAGUCCUGUCUAUUAAAGAAUCUACAUUCAGAAGACCUCUCAUUCCCCAAACGUAUCAUAAGAUUGGUACAGCUGAUGCAUUUAAGACACAACUUGAUAAAUUUAAAACACGCUUUUGUAAGCGAGGUAGAACAGUGAGGCAGAAAAGUCUCGUUAUACAAAGGGUAUUGCCUGUUGUAUCUGCGCCAAAUAUGUCAUCAGAAAAUUUGACAACCAAUGCUAGUGUAUGUCAAAUGCAAACUAAUAAAAUAACAGUAAAUGCGAACGAUGCUCAGGACAAAACUUUCUUAGACGCUUUAGAGACAAGUGGAGAUACAAAGAACUCUAAUUCAAUUAUUACUAGCGCUACUCAAAUUCUUAAGGAAGGUGAACAUCAAUGGUUAAAUAGCGAGGUUGCAGAUUUUUCAUUAAGCAGUUUCUUAGGACAGCUUGAAUCGCCUAUGAAAGGUUCACAAAGAAGUCAAGCAGGUGAACAAAUUAUGGAAGAUACUCGUCCUUCUUCUGAUGUUGUGUCACAUAUGCAAUGCCUCAUGGGAGAAAACAGUGUGGACUAUAUGGCAAAAUUUGCAAAUCUUGCAUCUCAAAUGGCUUGCGAUGAAAACAAAAAAUAGGAUGCAUAUGUGUGAAAGACUUAUGAAAAUACGCUGCGUCUCAACCGCUCAUUAUUAUGAGAAAAUACAUAGAAAAGCAUCUUAACAUUACCUAUGUGAAGAAUAUUUUCUGAUCAUAUAAUAUGUAAUUUGAAA